GACCUAGCCUAAACGUCCAUGGAGAAAAAAACAAAGAUGGCUUCUAACAACGAUGAUGCUGCCAUCGAUAAGGAGUUCCAAGAUUGGAAGGUUGAAUAUGGGAGACAUUACCGUGACGCUGAAGAGGAGGCCAUGCGUAAAGCAAUCUGGCUGAAGACGCGUGAUCGUGUUCUGGCCCACAACGCACGGGCUGAGCAGGGCUUGGAGACCUGGAAAAUGGGACUUAAUAAUUUCUCUGACAUGAGACCUGAAGAAAUGCCAAAAAAAGGCCUCAUCCUCCCAGACAAGCCAGACAACCACAGCUGAGAGAUGAAGGCCUUUGCAAUGACAACCACCGAUAUCAUUACAUUUCUGCUGGAUGUAAUCAUGUAAAUUGGAUGCAAAUUAAACUUUUGUGUUUGUAAAACUUUUA